GCGGGGAAUUGGCGCUGGCUGAGUUGCGUGGCUUGUGCAGGUUCGCGAAAACUUGGCCGAGUUCGCCCGAAGCGAAGGCGUGCCUGCGCCCGCGUCCGGCAGAGUGCCCCGCCGGCCCUGCCCGUAGCCCCGCAACCCGCUCGGUAUGGCCGGCUUCGUCGGCCGCGGGAUGUGCCGGGGCAAGCGGGGACGGGGCUCCCGCGGCGGGAGCGCGCUGCUGGCUGUGGGGCUGCUGGCCGCCCUCGGCUUCCUCGCCUGGCGGCACGGCCCGUCGCCCCGCCGCGCCGCCCGCGGGGCCCCGCCGCCACCCCCGCCGCCCGCCGACGCCGAGCAGCUGCGGAAGCCGGUGUACGCGAAGCCCGAUGCGGAGCCGGGGGCGCUGGGCGAGCUGGGCCGGGCCGUACGGCUGGAGCUGAGCCCAGCGGAGAAGCGCCGCCAGGAGGAGAGCAUCCGACGGCACCAGAUCAACAUCUACCUGAGCGACCGCAUCUCGCUGCACCGCCGCCUGCCCGAGCGCUGGAACCCGCUGUGCAAAGAGAAGAAGUAUGACUACUAUAGCCUGCCCAAAACUUCAGUUGUGAUAGCUUUCUAUAAUGAGGCUUGGUCAACACUUCUGCGAACUGUUCAUAGUGUUCUUGAGACAUCUCCAGAUAUACUUCUAGAAGAAGUUAUCCUUGUGGAUGAUUACAGUGACAAAGACCAUUUAAAGGAGCCUUUGGAAAACUAUGUGGCUGGCUUACGCAAGGUGCGUCUUAUCCGUGCGAACAAGAGGGAAGGACUGGUUCGAGCUCGACUGCUGGGGGCUUCUGUAGCCAAAGGGGAUAUUCUGACCUUCCUGGAUUGCCACUGUGAAUGCCAUGAGGGCUGGCUGGAACCACUUCUGGAAAGGAUCGCAGAAGAAGAAUCAGCUGUUGUAUGCCCUGUUAUUGAUGUUAUUGACUGGAAUACGUUUGAAUACUUGGGAAAUGCUGGUGAGCCACAGAUUGGUGGAUUUGACUGGAGAUUGGUCUUCACAUGGCACACUACCCCCGAGAGAGAACAGAAACGAAGAAAGUCCAAGAUUGAUGUGAUCAGGUCUCCCACCAUGGCAGGCGGAUUGUUUUCUGUGAGUAAGAAGUAUUUUGAUUAUCUUGGCUCAUAUGACACAGGAAUGGAAGUCUGGGGUGGAGAAAACCUUGAGUUUUCAUUUAGGAUAUGGCAGUGUGGAGGAAGUCUUGAAGUCCACCCUUGCUCACAUGUAGGCCAUGUUUUCCCCAAACAAGCUCCCUACUCACGAUCUAAAGCUCUUGCAAACAGCGUACGUGCAGCUGAAGUGUGGAUGGAUGAAUAUAAAGAACUUUAUUAUCAUCGAAACCCACACGCUCGCCUGGAACCAUAUGGAGAUGUGACAGAGAGGAGACUCCUUCGAGAGAAACUGAAAUGUAAGGACUUUAAGUGGUUCUUGGAGAAUGUGUACCCAGAGCUUCAUGUACCUGAGGACAGACCAGGCUUCUUUGGCAUGCUGAAGAACAGAGGAAUGGCCAACUUCUGCUUUGAUUAUAACCCUCCAAAUGAACACGAAAUAACUGGACACAGGGUCAUACUAUACCCAUGUCAUGGCAUGGGACAAAAUCAGUUUUUUGAGUACACAUCCCAUAAUGAAAUACACUACAACACUCGACAGCCUGAAGCCUGUGCAGCAGUUAUUGCAGGGACUGACUAUUUGACAAUGAAUUUGUGUCAAGAAAAUAUUCACCAUGUUCCUGAAAACCAGAAGUUUGCUUUCAGAGAGGAUGGUACUUUGUUUCAUAUGCAAACUCAGAAGUGCUUACAAGCAGAGUCAAAUUCCUACAAUGGUAAUCCAGCACCAGUAUUACGACCGUGUUCCAAUUCAGACUACCAAAAAUGGUUCUUCAAAGAAAGAAGUUGAUCCAGAUGUCAUCGGUACAUAGCUGAAUAUGAAAAUGUUCUCUUCCUAGUCAGCAGAUAGUCAGCCUUUUGAAAAUUCUGUAAGUGGUAUAUUUUUUUAUGAGAAGGACAGUAAUUAGUUUAAAAGCAUUAAAUUUUGUGUUUCUGGAGCGUUAAAUGGCACUAAUUAUGGAGAAUUACAUUAAGUAAGUACUGUGGUUAUAUCAUGUCACAGAACCUGCUCCUCUUCAGUUCCCUUUAUUUGGCAGCUACAUAACUGUUUCUGAAGUGUCUUAGGUUCUUUUCACAAGUGACAAUGUAUUUUUUAAUCUACUGUGUGAAAGAAAGUAAGGCAGUCAAAAUAAUUGCACUAAUGUUAUCUGCCAAUAACUUAAAAUGUUUAUUUUUCUACUAAAACAUUUUGCAGUUGUGCCUUUUAACAGAUGCUAGUUAAUAUUUCUCCCCCUCUUCUAAAUACCAAGAGGGAGAAUAUAGGCCAGUUCUGCCCCUAACUGGCUACAACAGACCCCUCACUGAAGACAGUGUGGAUUUGCACAUUGAGGCAGAAAAGGUUGCAUAUUUUUGCACAAAUAACAAUCUAGAUGCAUACAGAUUGCACAUUGCUUGACAAUACUGUACAUUAAAUGUUGUGACAAUUUUAGUUACUCAAGGCACUUGUUGAGUUUCUAAGCAUGCUUAGAAUGCUGAUUUUGCAAGUAGUUUUUUCUCAUCUUUCUUAAAGAAAUAAGGCAACAACUCAGGGCAAAGUUGUUUAGCUAUAUGUGAAUCUAAGUGUGCAGCUGUGUCCCAGAUUGCACAGCUUACUUCAGCAUUGUGUGGAUUUUCAACAUGCAUAGAACUUGCAAGAACAAACCUAGCAACAAUUCUUUAAACAUGGGAGAUUUGUUUCAAAAUUACAGUUAGAGAAAAUGAAUCUAAGAAACUAUAACUUUCAUUAAAUUGUAAACAUUUAAAUGUUGGUUAAAAAUUACUGGGUAAACAAAAAAUGUUUUUAUAAAUUACCAAUAUGAUACAGAGCUGCUAUUAGUUAAAAAAGAAUGUUUCAGAUAUAACUCACAUUUUGCCUUUUCUGACAAGUUGCUCAUGGCAGCACAUAUAGUUCUAUUGAAAACAUGGGGUUUAAUCUGCUCCUGUACAAGAUGUUUACAGCUGUUAAGUGUGGGGUCUGCUUUUACCCAAUCAGACAAGUAAUGUGUAUAGCAGUCAGUGUAUUUGGUCAUUGACUAUCAUCAUUAAAGUGUUGAUUUAAUAGUUUCAGCACAUAAGGGAGACUUCCUUAUCUCAGCUGGAAAUGUUUUACACAUAGAAGUGUGAAGAUUUCAACCAUUUUUCCCCUCAAAAGUCUUGGUUUCUUCCAUUAUUUGUUCUUAUUUUCUACAUAAAAUGUACAGAACUUCCUUUGAAUCCUCAUAAACUCAUGUCAUUUUGUCAUAUCUAUUUAUAUGAUUCGGGUGUAGGGGGAACGUUUCUUCCUGUAGUGCAUAUACAUGGAGGUUCUACCAAGACCUAUCAAAAACCACAUAGAUUGAAUAUUUUUGUGGAGAACUUUAAAGCUCUGUCUCUGUGGGUUGGAUUGAUGAAAUCAAUGUUAGAACUAAUAAAAUAUUUUGUAACUCUG